GUCGACACUGUCCAAACGCCCAAACUACCAUACUCUAGAACGCAUCAUGGCCGACGACACACGGCAACCCGAUAAUGGGACCCAGGAUGAACAAUCACAAGCAGAGCGCCGACCGAGGCGACCGAGACAUGAUUUUCCAAAAUCCCAAGCCCAAAAAAUGUGGGAGGCGCUUGGAAAUCCCAAAGAUCCUAUAAAUGAAAUGCCUGGAGGAACAUAUAAUUCGGCGGGCGGUAAACCGUCUGCGGUCUCCUGGAAGGACGCCUUCAGCUUCUCAUAUCAAGGAAAAGGUCCGGCCUGGUACCAGACACCUUGCGCCAGAGAUUCGUUGUUGGUAGGCAUGGGAGCCGGCGGCGGAAUUGGCGGCUUAAGAUUUGUUCUCAGAGGACUAUCCUCGAUGGUAGCCACGACCAACUAUGCAGUUGGCGCAUUCGUCCUCACGGCUAGUGGAAUGUAUUACUGGUGCGAACAGAGGCGGAAAGAAGAGCAGCGAGGCAUUGCUCAAGCCGUCAUUGGAAUGAAGGUGCUACAAGAGAAGAGAGCCCGAGAGAAAGCUGCCGAAGAGGCCGCCGUUGCUGCUAAAGCCAAAGAAGCAGAGGAGGAACGGAAGCGCAACCAACGGUGGUACAAGUUUUGGUGAGAAAACUUCGCGUAACUGCUCUUCUGCGUAGGUAGGGAGUAACGGCGUCGAAUGACUUGGUAAUGUGCAGGCUAUCUCGUUAUUGUGCUGGACAAUCUCAAUGUAUUUGAGAGAGGCGGAGUCGGCGUUUGUAGAAAGGUGUUGACGACCAGCUCUGUGAGAAGGUCCUAACCGUCCUCAAAAUGCACACGUACGCUUUUGCGUGGUGAGGAUUCCGGAGACGGUGCAUCCUCAUUGUCCCUCAUGAAGCGUUUUCU